UAAUCCCAAUCCAGUUUCCAAAAUGAAGACUCUUCUGCUUUUGUCUUUCUAUUUCCUUCUUGGAGCCGCCUCUUUGGAAGAUUUUUCUUCAGGAAAUCACCUUUUCACCGCUGAUCUCUACAAUGAACUUCUAGAAGAAGAUGGUAACUUUGUCGCCAGUCCAUUGUCGCUCGAAACCGUCUUAGCUCUAACACAAUCCGGAGGCAAAGAUGCAACGAGUGCAGAAAUCCGAUCUACCCUCCAUCUUCCAGACAGCGAAGAAGAAACAGAAUCGACCAUGAAAUCCGUCCUACCGCUUCUACAAAGCGAAAAUUACACACUAAAAGCAGCUAACAAAAUCUACAUUCAAGAAAACUACUCAAUUAAAGAAGAGUUCAAAAAAAUCGCAGCAGAUGUUUACCAAGCGGACAUCCAGAAUGUUAAUUUCGUGGAAAAUGAAGAAGCAGCUGCUGCUAUAAACCAGUGGGUUGAAGCGCAAACGCAGAACAAAAUUCACGAUCUUGUAGCAGCCGAUGAUCUAGAUGCCAACUCGAGACUGUUUCUGGUCAACGCUUUGUAUUUCCAAGCGACGUGGUUGCACUCCUUCCAAGUCGCUUACACAGCGAAAAAGGACUUCUAUUCUUCCGGCGACAAAACAGUAUCCACUGACACCAUGCUGCAGUACUCAGUUGAGCGCAAGUUCUACCAAAACGAAGAACUAGAUGCUAAAUUUUUAGAAGUACCGUUCGUGGAUGAAGAUGCUUCAAUGACUUUUGUACUUCCCAACAAAAUCGAUGGGCUUGCGGUUCUCGAGAAACAAAGAGACAAAGUUUUGGCAGACCAGCCUUACUCUGUCAAACUGGUGGAUGUAGCUCUUCCUAAAUUUCGAAUUGAGACGUCGAUUGAUUUUAACGAAGUUCUACAAAAAAUGGGUAUUCGUGCGGCUUUUAGUCCCGGUCAAGCCGAUUUUAGCGGAAUUUCUGGAGAAAAAGGGGAGUUGUACCUUCAGAAAGUCAAGCAGAAAUCGUUCAUUGGGGUUGACGAGAAUGGGGUGGAAGCGGCCGCUGCUUCUUCAGCUGAUGUUCCCAUAUAUUCGAUAGCUAUGGACAAGUUUGUGGCAGAUCACCCUUUCAUGUUUUAUAUUAAGGUGAAGGGGGUGGUUUUGUUUGAAGGAAGAGUGGUAGAUCCACAAUAUUCUUGGAUUAGACAAACCAAUCACCUUAUUCAGCUCAGAUCAGAAAUAAUGAAGAAUCUUUUGGCACUUGUAUUUUUUGUAACUGCCGUUUUCUCUUAUGAAACAGUAAUCCGAAACUUCGCUUCCAGCAACAAAUUAUUCGCUGAUUAUUUCUACAAACUGGCACGAGUUGACAAAGACGGUAACAUCCUCUUCGGCUCUUUCUUGGAUGAAAUCAUUUUUGUCGUCAAUAAAUCUGAAGUCUUCGACGUCGCCAGUGCAGAAAUUCGCCCGAGUCUCUUACCCCCAGAAACAAAAGCAAGCAUAAAGGACGUUCUCUCCAAGAUGCCGAACCAUCAAACGAUCUUGGAAUGUUUCGUAGACAUUUACAGAGUCCCAAACAACAUCUUAAAAUAUUUCCUGUUCUCAGUACAAGACUUCUACCCAAUUUCUAACCGCGAAUAUUUCGUUAACGGUAUAGAAGUAGAGGAAGAAAUCAUAAAAUGGAUGGAAAAACAAAUAAACGCCGAAAUUUACGACCCAGUUUCUUUUUUAGACAAAAAGACAGAAAUAAUCUUUGUAUGCAUCAGUUUUAAUAGUUUUCAACUAAACUGGUAUUUUCCCUUUGAUUACGUCCUUAGAGACGAGAUGACCUUCCACUCCCUCAACAACGAAGAAGUUCAAGCCAGUUUCAUGUUCCUCAAAUCACAAUGGCUCAACUAUUACGAAAGCGUGGAACUAGACGCGAAAUUCCUGGAACUCCCGUUCUUGGAGGAGAAUGCUUCCAUGACUUUUGUUCUCCCGAAUAAGAAGGAAGGAAUCGCUCUUUUGGAGGAACGAUGGACAGAUAUAUUGAGUGUGCCUCCGUACAACCAACAAUUCGUUCAGGUGUUUUUGCCUAAGUUUAAGAUGGAAACUGCAUAUAACCUCGCAGAUAUUGUCGAAGGAUUGGGAAUACAAGACGAGGCCCUUCCAUUGCGUGCCAGUUAUAUUGGCAUUGCUGGAGCAGCUGGUGAUUUUUUUUUCGAUAACAGGAUAAAGAAUAAUUCAAUAGAUGUUAACGAGUUUGGAAUGAGCCUUGAGUUUUGGAUUCCUGUUAUGACUGAAGAUACAGACAGUACCACCCGCACAUCAUCAUCUACCCAACAAUUCAUUGCUGACCAUCCCUUCGUUUUCUAUAUAAAAGUGAACAAUAUAGUUGUAUCCGCAGGAAGAGUGUUGCUCCCACGUUAUUAAAACUGUUAGUGCCUCUGGCAGAAACCUGUUUCAUCCUUCUUCACCCGUAAGGGUGGGAACCAGGGUCACCACCACCUUGGAACACAGGGUAACAUACAUUCACUAUUCAUUCGGAACUCAUUCAUAGACCCUAUAUUCACUCUGUGGACCUAACGGUCAUAUUCUAUUCUUAUUCUAGACCUAACGGUCAUACUCUAUUCUUAUUCUAGAACACACUUGUUAUUCGUUAAUAAAACUUAUAAAACGAC